AUGCCUCGAAGGCAAACUCAGUUGCGUGGUCCAAAGGAUCAGUCCUCGCAAAAGCAAGGCCCAAAGAGGGUCCCCAAGAGAAAGGCCGGAAAGGCUUUGAACGCCCUCUCUAUCGCCGAGCAGCAAUUUCCUACCAAGGUUAAGAUUCGACGUAACCGAUUAGGCGAACGCGAUGACCCUGCUGCUGCUGCUGCUGCUGCUGCUGCUGCUGCACGCAAGCGAAACCAUGGCCGUGAUGAAGGCGAUUCAGAUGGCCCCGAUUUCAAACGUCGCAGAACCGUUGAUGACUCCAGCGAAAAUGGCGGCAGCGAUAGCGAAGGUCAUGAGUGGAGGUUAGGAGAGGUUGGGAGUGACGAUGACAGUGACCUCGAUAGUGACGAAGCUAUGGGCGAAAGCGACGAGGAAAGAUUCGAAGGCUUUGCAUUCCGCGGAAGCUCUACUAUGAAGUCGAAACCAAAAACCUCUGACAAGGCAAAGCGGAGCCGCCAGAUCAACCUUGACGAGGAUGCUGACGAAUCAGAGGAUGAAAAUAUGGACGAAGAUGAUGAUGAUGAUGAUCUAGGAGAUGAUGCAGUGGAUCUUACUACUGCAUGGGAUAUGAAUAUGGCGGAGGAAGAAGAAGAAAACAAGAAGGCAUCCAAGUCCAAGAAACCCGCAGAAAACGAUGAUUCCGAGGAGUACGAUUCCGAAAGCGAAGACGAUGAAUCUGAAGAAGAGUCUGACGACGAUGCUGGGUUGUCAGAUGAAGAUGAUGCUGAUAACGAAUAUGGGCUAUCGAAAUUGCAAAAUUUCGUCAACUCCAUGAACACAGAGCCUACCAAUAAACCAGGACGGAAGUCAGGUGCCAAACAAGAGCACGGAAAGCCAACGGAGUAUGGAUUGACGUCUUCACGAAAAUUGACUCUCGCCGACCUCAUGCCCUCGAUUACAGACUCUCGCCUGAAAAACUCAUUGAAAAACAUUGAUUCCGCUCCUCAGAAAGCAACAUCAUCUGGUAUUCCCGGGAAGCUAGAUGCACCUCUGGCAAAACGCCAACAGGAUAAGCUGGAGCGAGCAGCAGCCUAUGAAAAGAGCAAGGAGACUAUGGAUCGUUGGCUCGAUACGGUCAAGGCCAACCGCAGAGCAGAACACCUCAUGUUCCCUCUUCCCGACCCCGAUGCCCAGCAAACGGAUAGAAUAGACACUGUUAAACCACAGAACGACCUCGAAAACGCCAUUCAGAACAUCCUUCAAGAAAGUGGACUUGUGGAGGAAAAUGGAAAAUCAGCCGAAGACCAGUUUCAAGAGUUUGAGGAAUUACAAGCGCGUAAACUGCCAAUUGAGGAAAUCCAGGCCCGUCGAGCAGAGCUGCGCAAACGCCGUGAUUUAAUGUUCCGGGAGGAGGUUCGCUCCAAGCGUAUCAAGAAGAUUAAGAGCAAGUCAUACCGUCGGGUUCAUCGGAAGGAACGAGAGAGGCUGGAGCAGCAAGAGAGGCAAGCUCUUCUCGAAGCAGGUGUGGACUUGGAUGAACAGGAGAAGGAAAAGAACGAGCGAAUGCGAGCAGAGGCUAGAAUGGGCUCGAAGCACCGAGAGAGCAAAUGGGCCAAGAGUCUCAAGCAGACGGGCCGUACAGCUUGGGAUGACGAAGCCCGACAUGGUGCGGCAGAACUUGCUCAGAAAGAGGAGGAGCUGCGCAAGAGAAUUGAAGGCAAACGCGUCUCUCAUGGAGACGAUGAUUACCUUGGCUCAUCUAGCUCAGAGUCCGAAGAUGAGGACCCAUGGCAAGAGGCCGACUCAGACUAUCAAAACCGCAAGCUCCGCCAAAAGCUCGACAAAGUUGAGGGCGGUGAUGAUGCCGCGCCAGAAUUGAAGGGACCUCACUCUAAGCUCCUUUCCAUGAAGUUCAUGCAGAACGCAGAAGCCUCGCGCAAAGCACAAAAUGACGCAGAGGUCAGACGACUCAACCGAGAUCUUCAUGGGGAGGAGUCACAAUCCGAGGCAGAGUCUGAAGUUGGUCGGCGGAAAUUUGGUCAGUCACAGGGCGUCAAGCCACAGAAGAAACCUCAAACUCAAACUCGAAAUGAGUUUGAAGAAGCACCCGGGUCUGAUGAUGAAGAAAUGGGAGCACCAGAUGCAGAACAGGAUGUCGACAUUGUGGUUGACCGGCCUGAGAAACAGAAGACUACACGCCCCGUGAACAACAAGUCUCAAUCUCUCUCUUCAAGCAAGCCCUUUGAGAAGCAAGAGUCUGCUGCCGAAGAGGAGAACCCAUGGCUGGUCCAGACAAACCGGAACAACCGUCGAGCGACUGCAGAUGAUUCACAGCCAACUGUCGACAUUUCCCUAACUGAUUCCAAGUCUAAUGACGUUGUGUCAAAUGAUGCUCCCAAGAGUCAGAAAGCCAAGAAGUCAGCCUCUAAGAAGCAAACCGUCCAACAUGACGAUGACAGCGAUGAUGAAAGCAAUGUGCCAGUGCUUCUCAAGAACCAUGAUCUUGUGAAGCGAGCCUUUGCUGGGGAUGAGGUCGUACAAGACUUCGAUCAAGAGAAGGAAGAAGCCAUUGAAGAGGAGGGUGAUCAAGUGAUUGAUAAUACCCUUCCUGGAUGGGGAAACUGGGCUGGCGAUGGAGUUAGCAAGAAGCAGCAGAAACGACAGAAGCGUUUUACCACUACUGUUGAGGGUGUGAAGCCCGAGAACCGCAAGGAUGCAAAACUCUCGCGGGUCAUCAUCAACGAGAAGCGUGUCAAGAAGAAUAACAAAUACUUGGCCACACAGCUUCCCCACCCCUUCGAGACCAAGCAGCAGUACGAAAGAUCGCUCCGUCUUCCAAUUGGCCCCGAAUGGUCUACCAAGGAGACACACCAAAGUUCAACCAAGCCUCGCGUUAUGGUCAAGCAGGGUGUCAUCAAGGCCAUGGAGAAGCCUAUGGUUUAA